AUGCAGUUUCUUAGUGAUAAAUAUGAUCAUGUCACCAAAAGGAUAGAAUCUGUUGAAGCGAAAAUUAAACCUUUACAAGCUGUUAAGUCUGACUGCUUGGACCUACAAAGUGUCGUCACUUCGCUUCAGGUAGAAAUAAAUAAAAAGGAACAAUGGGCACGUCGUUCAAAUAUCGAGAUUGUUGGAGUCCCGGAAACAAAGAAUGAAAACUUACUGAAUGUUAUUAGCAACAUUUCGAAGGUCGUAGAUAUUAACACUUAUGCCGAAGCGGAUAUUGAUUUUGUCACCAGAGUUAGUCCUAAGAAUAACGAUUCGAAAAAACCUAGACCGAUCGUUAUUCGCUUUUUGUGUCGUUAUAAAAAAGAUGCCUUUUUGGCGAGGUUGAGAGAAAAAAAGAACAUAAUAUGCAGUGACAUAGGUUUUGUGGGUAACAGCAAUCGCAUAUACUUUAAUGACCACCUAACUAGUUCCAAUAAAAUGCUUCUUCGCAAAACAAAGGAGCUAGCUCGAGAUAAAAACUAUAGAUAUGUAUGGAUUAAGAACUGUUCGAUAAUGGCACGUAAAAAUGACACGAGUUCUGUACUGCAUAUUCAAACCGAAAAGGAUUUAAAAAAGAUGUAA